UAUUCAUGUAACCAAAACAAAAUGAGAAGAAUCGGUUUUUUAAAUCGGUUAAUGAAGCAAAAGAACUCUGCCAGGAACUUUUUCCAGUUCGGCAAAGCCAAGGGAGAUACCGGCAAAUAUGAAACUAUCGUAUCUACCGGCCUGGUUUCCCCGGAACGGAGUGUUCCCGAAGAGAUCGAAAAGCCGUGCUACUACUUUAAAAACAUGCCGCCAGGCAACACCCUGGGAUCACCAGAGAUCAAAACUCCCAGUCAGAUAGAGGCAAUGCGUCUGAGCGGAAAACUGGCGGCUCGGGUAUUACGUGAAUGCGGCAAGUUAGCAACAGUUGGCACAACCACCGAUGAGAUUGACGCCUUUGCACAUGGACGGAUUAUUGAAGCUAAUGCCUAUCCCUCACCCCUGAGAUACGCAGGUUUCCCAAAGUCCAUCUGCACUUCCAUUAACAACAUCGCCUGCCACGGAAUACCGGAUGACCGUCAGUUGGCCAAUGGCGAUAUUAUAAAUAUCGAUGUCACAGUCUUUUUAAACGGCUACCAUGGCGACUGCUCAAAAACAUUUUUGGUGGGCGAUGUGGACGAGCGGGGAAGCUUCCUGGUGGAGGCCACAAGCUCCUGUUUAGACCAGUGUAUCUCACUGUGUGGCCCAGAUGUGGAAUUCAAGGAGAUUGGAAAGUUUAUAGAGAAAUAUUGCGACGAACGAGGCCUUGAGUCAAUUGCUGUUUUCAUAGGACACGGAAUAGGAAGCUAUUUCCAUGGUCCCCCUGAGAUAUUUCACUACUAUAAUGAGUUUCCUGGAAAGAUGCAGCCUGGCAUGACGUUUACCAUUGAACCCAUUCUGUCCCUUGGUGGAUCAGAAAUAGCCGUUCUGAAGGAUGGCUGGACGGCGAUUAGUUUGGAUGGUGCUCGUAGCGCCCAGUUUGAGCACACUAUUCUGAUUACCGAGACGGGUACGGAGAUUCUCACAAGAGAUUGAUAAUGAUCGUUUUAUGUACAUGAUGAAUUUUUAUUCGUGAUCCCCAUAAAGUGUUAAUGUGUGUUCAGAUGGCA